AUGAAUGAGCUUCAGAUCAAACUUCUUAGUUUUCCUGAUUGGGGAUAUGUUAUCUAUCGCACUACCUACACUGCUGAAUCCAACACUACUUUCCCUCACGCUAUAAGAUAUAUCGAGGCGUGUGUAAAAGACGAGCUCUUCUAUCCAGGCCCACAAAAGGCUCAACCAGGAUACGAUAAUACUAGCCUUCGCCAAGUCUGGUCUAAAUACCAGUCAACAAUUAUUGAAGAUCCGACACAAUUUGAUGGAGUUUCUCUUGAGACAGUUCGCGCUCAUUUUGAGACCUGGGUCGAUAGCCAAGGAAAACGGGAUAGGUUCAACAAAUAUCGAGUGUGUCUAAUUGUUGACGAAGAAAGUCUCCAAACACUGAAAAAUGCACCGGUGGAAAAUGUUGGAGAUGAUGAUGAAGAAUUGCGAAUUGUCAUCGCUUUGGAGGCGUUUCCGAUUAUGGACUCGUUAGAUACCUUCCCUGGAUGGAUGAAAUGCUGGACACAUGCACUGUGGUUUCUUUGGGAGAAUAUGGGAGAUGGUGAUGAAAUGAGACGGUUAUACGAUAGUAUCGAUGACUCUCCCACUGAGGGCGUUUUUUGCGGAUGA